UGUUAAAAGUAGGCUAGGUGCAAACAUUCAUUAUCGUUCUCCUAGAACAUUUUUAACAGUCUUCUAAUAAUUUUGCGAAAAUGUCCUCUACAAAGAUUUCCCUCGGACGUCUCAAAAGCUACGGAGGAUUCAGCUGGCAGGCCAUUGGGCGAAAAUUGAAGAGCUUUCCUAGACUAGAGACGUUCUUGUAUUUCUUCGAUCUGGAAACAGGAUGCAGGAUAAUAGCUCUGUUCGAGGCCCUGGUGAGCGUGUUGCAGAUCUGCCAUAUAUACCAUCUAGCCAACCAACCAAGGCCAAGUGUGAUCCUACCGGAUCCCUUUUGGAUCACAAAAAUCGAGCGGGACCGCAUUAUCAAUAGGAUGUUUCUCUAUCACACGAAUCAGCACUUUCUGAUGUCCCUUUGCCUGGUCACCGUUCUCAAUUCGGUGCUGCUCAUUAUAGGAAGCAAGUGGGGUCACCAAGUUUGCUUCUUUCUCUGGAUGUACAUCACACUUUUCACGACUGUCAUGACGACUUGUAAUAAUACGAUUCGCAACUUGACUUUCAUGCAAUGUUUUUGGAUAUUCCCGACAUUCACCCUUCCAGCUCUAGAAGUCUAUUUUGCCUGGGUGGUUGCCUCACUGAUGUGCAAAUUCCACGAAAAACCCAAUGGACGUGAGUCAGAUAUCGAAGUGCUCUCCUCAGAAAGCGAAGAGCUGUAGGCGGCGAAGAAGUUUCGGAGAUUCUCCUACCAAGAAUUUAAUUUCACAUAUUUUAUGCCGUCUCUUAAAUACGUGUUUAAACCUAUAAAUACUAAAAACUCCCAAGAUACUUGGUAUCGCAUCGCGUA